UAAAGGUUUCCUCUCAUCCAAUCAGAACAUGUAGUCCAGGAACCAUGGGCAAAACCUCAGUAUAUAAGGCAUGCUGAGGCCGCCUCACGCUGUUCCAGGCUCUUGUGUUCACGGCUAAGGUUUAAAAUCAGAAGCCACUAUGUUCACGGCUUAGAGGACCAGGAGAAGGGGCGGCAGAGCCACCUACUGCUGGAGGCUGCAGCCUGCUGUACCGCGGCUGGCCUCGCUGCAGCGGGUGGUGGUGACGGAAACUGCAGCGGCUGGAGCGGACAUGCACUGUCGUCGCAACGGUGAUGAGCUGGAAAUUAAUUGCGGACAUUUGAAAACCACCAAACCAAUACAUAAGUCCCAGAGGGAACAUGACAUCCUCUUCCCAGGGUACACCCACCUGCAGAGGGCCCAACCCCAUCACUGGAGCCACUGGAUUCUGAGGGGGAGGGGGCCAGGCAACCAGCUUAGGGGAGAGGAGGCCACACUCCCUGUUCUCCAGCCCAGCCCUGCUUCCUCCCAACCCCCAGAACUCAACUUUGGUGCCAUCACUCUUCACAGCAUGGAUGCCACCAGUGAGCUGAGCAUGACUUCAUGGGUGAAGUGA